CUCGCGGGCUCCCUGACCUCUGGGACAGCUGCCCUGGCCACCUGCGGCUCUGCCCAUGGCCUUCGCCGAGCUCCUGGAGCGAGCAGGGGGAGUGGGCCUCUUCCAGGCCCUGCAAGUUCUCACUCUCCUCCUUCCCUCCAUCUUGGUGCCCUCGCAAAUGCUCAUAGAGAACUUCCUGGCCGCCAUCCCGGGCCACCGCUGCUGGGUCCGCAUGCUGGACAAUAGCUCCGAGGCCCCCGCAAACCUCAGCUCUAAGGACCUCCUGACCGUCUCCAUCCCACCAGGUCUCAACCGCGAGCCACACCAGUGUCGCCGCUUCCGCCAACCACAGUGGCAGCUCCUGGACCCCAACGCCACGGCCACCAACUGGAGCGAGGUUGCCACGGAGCCGUGCGUGGACGGCUGGGUCUAUGACCGCAGCACCUUCACCUCCACCAUCGUGUCGGAAUGGGACCUAGUAUGUGACAACCAGGGCCUGAAGCCCAUGGGCCAGUCCAUCUACAUGGCUGGGGUCCUGCUGGGGUCCGUCUCUUGGGGCUUCCUCUCUGACCGGUUCGGGCGGAAGCCGGUGCUGAGUUGGUGCUGCCUGCAGGUGGCUUUGGCCAACACUGGCACCAUCUUCGCUUCCAAUUUCCUCAUCUACUGUGGCCUCCGGUUCCUGAGCGCUUUUGGAGCAGCCGGCAUCAUCAUGAUCCCGGCGACGCUCAUGGUGGAGUGGACCACAACCCGCAGGAGGGCCGUCACCGUAACAGUGCUGGGAUGCUCCUAUAGCCUGGGCCAGAUGGCCCUGGGGGCCUUGGCCUUCACCCUGCGGGACUGGCGGGCUCUCCAGACAGCCGUAUCGAUGCCCUUCUUUGCCAUCUUCCUGAUCUCCUGGUGGCUGCCGGAGUCUGCCCGCUGGCUGAUUAUCACGGGCAAACCAGAACAAGCACUCCAGGAGCUCAGAAAAGUGGCCAGGAUAAACGGCCACAAGGAAGCCACCAAGUCACUGACCGUCGAGGUGCUCGCGGCCAGCAUGGAGGAGGAGCUGGCUUCUGUGAAGGCCCGCAGGUCGGUGCUGGACCUGUUUCUCGUGCCCACGCUCCGCUGGAGAAGCUGCAGUAUGUUCCUGGUGAGGAGUGCUUGGUGCCCGGAAUGUGGAGAGGGCCAUUCUUUCAAAACCUUCAAGGCUUCCUCGGCGCUCCCAGGAGCCCCUCUGUAUCCUUUGUUAUUCAGAUCACAGGCUGGGAAGCUGCUAACCUGUUUCUCCCAAAUGAUCUCCUACUACGGGCUGGUCCUCGACCUGCAAAACCUGGGGAGUGACAUCUUCCUCCUCCAGGUCCUCUUUGGAGCUGUGGACUUACUGGGCCGGGCCACCACCACUUUCCUGCUCAGCUUCCUGGGUCACCGCAUGACGCUGGCCAGCUUCCAGGCCAUGGCUGGCCUCUCCAUCCUGGCCAACAUCUUCGUCCCACAAGAUUUGCAGACCGUGCGCGUGGUCUUCGCCGUGCUGGGAAAGGGAUGCUUUGGCAUAAGCUUAACCUCCAUCAAUGUCUACAAGCCCGAGCUCUACCCAACUACACUGCGUAAAGCCUCCUUCUUGAAAGUGGCAGCGGUGACGAAGGUCUGGGCCCUCCUCUCCACCCACAGGAUGACAGCAGACGGCUUCCUGCAGUCGGUAGGUCGUCUAGGGGCUGUGAUGGGCCCCCUAGUCAGGAUGACUCGCCAGGCCGUGCCCCUGCUGGCCCCCGUCUCCUACGGUGUCAUCCCCAUCGUGUCCAGCCUCGUCCUCCUGUUUUUCCUCCCGGAGACCCGGGGACUCCCACUUCCUGAUACCAUCCAGGACCUGGAGAACCAGAAAUCGGCAGCAGCCAAGGGCAAGCGGCAAGAGGUGGUCAUUACAGAGAGUACCUGGUUCUAGAAAUUCUGCCUGCAUGGAGCCCCUUUGGCUGAAGAUCCCCAUGAAGGGAAUUACCUCUUCUCCAGUGGAGGAAGGAGGCAAUUUGGAGAAACCCGAGGGCCUGGCAUGGCCGGGGUCGGGCGGCCGGGCUGAGAGGCAGCAUUGAGGCUGAGGGCUGCUUUCCCACUCACUUCUGUCCCCCACCUCCCCACCCAACCUCAGCUCUGCAGAGUCCGGCCCGUUCAUAAGAUGGGUUCUGCCUCCUCCCCGCCAGGAUCCCAUCUUCACACCUUCACUCAAAACUCCAGACUCGCUUCACUGAACUGGAAGGAAGCUGCAGAUUUCUCACCUCCGGGCUCCCAGAGGGGAUCCUAGGACACAAACGGAAAGAUCUGGACAGACCUGAGUCCCAGCCCCUCCCCCACCAUCUGCAGAGUCCUCAUCUGUAAAAUGGAAAUAAUCACAGAACUACUGGGCUGGUGUGUGUGUGUGUGUGUGUGUGUGUGUGUGUGUGUGACAGGAUUAACAGAUCUUAGCACAGACCACAGUCCAACACGUAGAACCUGCUGCCUUUGCAGCUCUUGGGAACAGCGGGAACUACCAGGGGCCAUGAGAGGCAUUACAAAGCCUGCAGAGUGACCGCUGGUUCCUGAGGGAGGAUGUGACUGGUGUAUCUGAGGAAUCCCACCCAUUGACAGGGGACUGAGGUCCCCUCCUCAGGAAUAACAGGAAUGGCCCCUGGGUGCCUGAUGAGAAGUGCUGUUGGCUAUGGGACCAUAUCUACAGGAGCAGGUGGGGCAGGAGUGGGGUUCAGCCAUUCGAGACCCUCCUGGUUUCCCUUACAUGUCAAGGGAACACAUCACACUGGGUCUUCAUUUGUGGUCUUACAUCACAGGGACACCCAUGGUGUCUAACUCAAGGGGUCACCUUUGCCUAAUUCACACAAAAACCUUCCUCCCUGUGCUGGUAGCAGCCCCUGUUGAUAGAACUGGGGGAUCAUGGAGGCUGACCACCUACUUUACAGGUAAGAAAAGUAAAGCUCAAAGAGGUGGAGGGAUACGCUUGGAGUCACAUGGCUGAGCCCUGGCCAGGUGGUCCUUCCCACACACCAGGCUCCUCACCUUCACCUCCAGCCCUGCGCCCCCCCCAGGCCUGACACCCACAUCUGUGUCACAGAGUUACUCCCACAACCUUCCCUGAAGAGCCAGACCCUCUAGACACCUGCCCACUCUCCUUGGAUGACUCAGAAGCCUCAAGCCGCAGGCUUCCCAUCCCAUGCACCCCCAUUUCCCUCCAUCAAAUCCAAUGCAUGGCAGGCUGAUCAAACACAAUUCAAAUAAAAUCCCCUAUCUGCUUAACACCCUCUGGGGGUUCAUGAUAAAGACCACACCUUCCCCCACCAACAGGCUUCCAUGGGUCUCUAGCCUUGCUUCUCAUGUAGUAAAGGUUUUUAAAAAUUCAA